AUGGUGCAUUUUACUGCUGAGGAGAAGGCUGCUGUUGCUAGCCUUUGGGCCAAGGUGAAUGUAGAGGUGGCUGGAGGUGAGGUCCUGGGAAGGCUUCUAGUUGUCUACCCCUGGACUCAGAGGUUCUUUGACACUUUUGGCAACUUAUCCUCUGAAACUGCAAUAAUGGGCAACCCCAAGGUCAGGGCCCAUGGCAAGAAGGUGCUGACCUCCUUCGGAAAUGCUGUUAAGCAUAUGGAUGACCUCAAGAGCACCUAUUCUCAGCUGAGUGAGCUGCACUGUGACAGACUGCAUGUGGAUCCUGAGAACUUCAAGGUGAGUUCUGAGCAUGCUUGUGUUUU